CUUGUUCCGAUGAGAACGGGAUACUCCGCGACUGUUUGGAAUUGGAAUUGGAACCAUCAAGGUGCCCUUAAAAAAAAAGAGUCUACCGGAUAAGACGGCCUCCGGCUAAAACCCCACUCCCCUCCAGUGUCCAGUCCGACCUCCCCCAACGCAUCCAUGGCCGCCCUCUACCCAACGACGGCCACGCUGCCCCCACGCCACUCCCUCCCCUCCCCUCUCCGCGCGUCACCGCUAUCGUGGUCCGCCUCCAUCGCGCUCUCCCGCAUCCCGCCGCCUCCUCGCCUCGCGCUCCACCCGCCGCCGCGGCCUCCCGCGCACGGCAACCGACAGCAGUGCCUGGUGGUGCGCGCGGCGUGGACGCGGCGGUCGCGCGGGGAGGCGGAGCAGCGGCCGAACCGCAAGUCGUGGAAGCAGCGCACGGACAUGUACAUGCGCCCCUUCCUGCUCAAUGUCUUCUUCUCCAAGCGCUUCGUGCACGCCAAGGUCAUGCACCGGGGCACCAGCAAAGUCAUCGCCGUCGCCACCACCAACGCCAAGGACCUUAGGCUCACGCUGCCGUCCCUCGUCGACGACAAUGCGUGCAGGACCAUCGGGAGGCUCAUCGCCGAGCGGUCCAUGGACGCCGACGUCUUCGCCAUGGCCUACGAGCCCAAUAAGAACGAGAGAAUCGAGGGGAAGCUCGGGAUCAUUAUUGACACCAUCAAGGAGCACGGCAUCAUCUUCGUCUAGUGUACGGAAACCAUCCUGGCUGCUGCGCUUGUAGUCAGUGUGAGCAAAUCUCCCAUUGCCCGAGACUCUAAGCCCAUGUUGAUGACUGAUGAAACCUGUUCCCUAGUAGCUCCGGCAGACUUUGCAGCCUCAGCACACGAGGCUGCAACCAGAGAUGCAGCUGAGGUAAUUGCAGCAUGCAUCUUUUUGUCUGCAUCUUUUCCCGUAUCAGUUGUGGCAAUGCCACUCAAAUGGGUUGACUCAAAGGGGUAGUUUCCAAUAAUCCCUGCAACUGCUGUAGCCAGCCUUGCUACUGAGAGGGCUGCAUGCAUCUGUACUGUUUGGAGUCUUCUGUCCUCCCUCUUUGUUCCACAUCCCCUCUGUACUAUGUUCACCAGCUUGGUUUUCAACCAUUCUGCCAUGGCACCCAAACUUAUCUGGAUAACAUGAUUUAUGUCAAUUGCAAAAUAAAAGCUUGCCUUAUCUUUGGAAAGUUUUUUUUUUGCUUACGCUGCUUGUGUGCCUAGUCUUGUAUUUCUGAUGUCUUGUGCGGUGAACAUUUCCACUGAAUAGUAGAGCCUGUUGGGAUUGAAAACUAUUCAGUUGCAAAAGAACUUUAAUUGGAUAAAGUCUAUAAACAUAUAAUAUUCAUUGAUUGAUCUGUUUUUACCGUAACUUCAUCCACCCUUUGCUUGAUUUCUCCAUGAGCAUUGAGGUUGAGCGUGUUGUUCCCCUCACCAUCCUUGCCCUUAUCCAGUGUUCCAUUCCCAAAGCAUGCAUUUACACUCUACGGAAACUCAGAACACCCGCGCAGGUUGGUAUUUUGAUAUCGCUUUAUGCUACUUACUCCAUGAAAUAUAAUGAAAUGCUUAAUACAUAUUUCAUCGAGUGAAGAGAUUUCAUUCCAUUUGACAUGUCAGCUAUCUAUUUCUAGUACUGCUGUGAUAGAGCAUCUUACUCUGCAUUCUAUUUUUGUUCGAACAAUAAAGCAUUCUUCUGAUAUGAAUCUGAUAUCGCAAAGCUCUACUUAGGAUACACGCCAUAGGAUACCUAAAUACCUUUAAGUUUGGCAGUUCUAAGGAUUAAUUGCCAGGUAUUGGAUACUUAAUUUGAUGUUUGAAAGUUCACUUUUGAUUUGUUAUUUCACUUGAAUUAGUACCCCUUUGAAAUGAAAAACACAUUUUCUUUCACAAGCAGUUCCCUUUUUCCUAUAGUUUUUGUUUGGGUAUGGUGUUGCUAUAAUGUAUGCAAUCGUGCACAUCUGAAGUAUUGUAGUAUUUAGUACUGUGUUAAAUGCAAUUGAAGGAUACUGGUACCAUGGGCUGUGUAUUAUAUCAAUUGGGUGAAUAAAUGUGAAAAUUACAUUCAUGUACGAUAUUUCAGUCUUACAAAUAACAUGCAUGGUCCCUAUCCAGUAGUCACUAGUCAGAUUAUUGGAUGUUUUGUAGUUUUGGGUAGAGCAUGACGAGUGCUAACAUGCAUGGUCCCUAUCCAGUAGUCAGAGUAUUUAGUCUUGUGUAGUUUAGGUGGAUCAUGAGUGCUUUCUUUUUAUCCAAGUUAAAAUAGAGCACUGGAUUACCAGGCUCAUGUGAGAUACUUGCUGAGGCUUGAUAUACUUACAUUUGCAGACAGCAGAUGAAAAAUUUCAGAGGAACAUAUACUUCUAGAGAGGAGCUGUAUGGCUUGUUGAUGGUCCUCUGGUUCCUCUGGCUCAGAACAAUCUGAAAUUUUUUGGAUUUCACUGUACAAUUGAAGAAAUAAUGGAAAGAACUAACUGGCUGCAGCAAUUUGGACCUGGAGGUUCAUGCAGUUUGUCAGAUACGUGGCACAAAUGAACGUUCUAAUUGGGAUAAACGAGGCACACAUUGCUCACCUUUGGACGGGCCCUUGAGACACCAAUCUGGGAUGGAGCUCUUCCAAAUUUUACGGUUUGCCCCAUUUGCCGAUCACUUGAACUUUUCUGUGUGUAAAGCCGGAAGCAGCACCAAUUCAACUCAUAAAUAAGAACAACAUUCUUUUUAGAAUAAAAAAGGCAGCUUCUGAAAAGUUAUAAAUGCAAUUUUUAUGCAUCUGACGCAUUUCAUAUUACAAGAAGUUGUAUUUAGCUUCUUAUUAUAGAAUGCUAAAAUAUAGCUAGCCAUGCAGUGAAGCAUGUCAUUUAACAUUUCAGUUUUAUCUAUAUCAUGUGCUUGAACAUAAAAAAAAAAUCAGGAACACAUGCAUUGAUUCUUGAUUUCAGUUUGAGCACUCUUUCAGAAAACAAAGCAGCCCCACAAGACAUUGUGGAGAUGUUUCUCCAAUAUAAAUGGAAAAUGAUUUUCCAUGAUUGACUCAAAAACAUCUAUGUUGAAAGAAACAGCAUAAGAAACUGAAAUGCCUUGAAGUAAGCUUGGCAUGACAAGUAAACAGUAUGUAUGCUUACUCAAAAGGGUAGGCCUGGGUGUUAUGAACUCACUUAGCAGCUGAUUACUUCUUGAUGCCCUUAUAUAUGUUCUAUAUGUGGAAGCUAUUUAUAAAAGCAUCACGAGGUGAGGUUGAACUACUUGAGUGCUUUCCACUUUUCCGAUGGACUGUCACACAAUUCUCCAGCGGAAGUAUACCUUCAUCGGACGUAACAACCUUUUGUUGACUUGGUAAGCCACCCAAGCUAUUCUUGAUUUAAAAUAGAUUUCCUCCUACUUUGUGUGUUUCUACAUCAAAUAGAACUAUAGUAGAUGACUCUUACAGUAUAAAUGAUGCUUUUGAAUGAGCUACUGGGGUCUUGGGUAGGUUGCUGAAUUAGCGAUAUCUUCCUCUUGGCUCUAACUUGAAAACUGGCUCCACAUGGACUCGGAACUUGUAAGCAGCCUCUGGCAUGUUCAGCGUUAGAGAUUGGCCAAGGAUGUUCUCAAGUUGACAUAUAGAAAACAACCUUGAAAUCUGUUGCACUUUGAUUGAAACUUUUUGCUCGACAAGUUUUUACAUGUGUGGCUUGUUUUUUGAACUUGCUGACGAAUCCUGUUGUCGUUACUUACUGCAUCUUUGUGGCUGAAGAUUAAUUGUCAUUAUUGAACUGGUAAGUCGGCACAAAACCUAUAUAUGAUCACACCCUUGCUUGUCACGGGGAUUGAUAAGAUGUGCCAUUAUCAUAGCAUAUGAUCUUGUGCCUAACUUUUCUUUUACCAGUUGUAGAGAUCAUAUCCGAGGUUGGGGACCUCCUUUUACCAUUAUUGAAGGGGACCAUGAAGUAAGUCAGUUGCUUCAACCAAGUGCUACUAAGAAAGCAGUUCUGGAUACAUCGGCCCCUGGUUUAAGCACAACUUGUUCCAUACUUCCAUCACAGUGUGUACAUAUCUUCGAAGGCAUUUCUGGUGCAAUGGUUUUUCCCCGUUCGCAGACGAGUUGCGUGGAGGAAUCCUGUACUUACAAUCUUGUACGGUCUACUCUAUACUGCCAAGUUUGUACGAUGUUGAUGUCAGAAGAAUUUGUCUGAUGUUUAGUUUCAGGCUUUUAAGCCUACAGAUAUUGGAGUUCGAGUGAUCCAGUUGAGCAUGA